GUGAUUCUCAAGGUCUUUUCUGUUUUCUGUAGAUUUGUAGAAGUUGAAAAGUCAAGUCCAAGUGCGGAUUCAGUUAAUUGUUAUUUGUUUAUCUCAAUUAUCUCGUUGUAUAAAAUAGAAGGUUCGAUGAGUUAUUGAGAAUUGAUUUCCACAAGACAACUUUGAGCCAUUCUUCGAGCAAGAUGUCCACAUUCAUCUGUAAUUCAAAAUUCCACCCUCUUCCUGAUUUUCUUUCAGAUAAAGUGCUGUGUAAUAACUGUAACCAUUUUUUAUCUGUUCCCCCAAUUUAUAACUCAAAUAAUGGUCAUACAAUGUGUGGUCGAUGUGUUGAUAUGAAAAAUCCACAAGGCAUAAGAAAUGAACUGUACGAAACUCUACUAGAAAUGUUAUCUUUUCCAUGUAUGAAUAAGCAGUAUGGUUGCUUAGAAUUUCGUACAGGGAAAACUAUGUGGAAUCAUGAGGUCACCUGUUCAUACAGAAGGGUCAACUGUCCCCUUGCCAUAACAAAAUCUUGUGAUUGGGUCGGAGAUGUAGAAACUAUUUUGGAGCACUUUGAAGAUCAUCAUUCUAUGAAUUUAAUGAAAGAGCCAUCGUUUGAAGUGAAUUUUCUUGAUAACUUUGAAGAUGUCAGCAUGUUACCAUAUUCAGACAGUUUGUUCUUAGUUAGGAGGCAUGGUGAUGUAGACAAAAACAAAUUUUGGUGCUCUGUUCAGGCUAUUCAGAGAAAUGAGUUCGAAAAGUUCGAAUACUCCUUAUCAUUGAAAAACCCCGUUUCUGGUAAGAUUCAGAAAUUUGAUGAAAAAAGAGUUAAUAGUUUGAGUGAUCAAGAUGGUUUUGAAAUAGAAACAAAUAAGGUACAAAAAUAUUUAGAGAAACCUGUGAUGAUUAUUGCUACAAUAGAUAUAAUUGAGUUUAAAGAAGACUCUAAUAAGGGUAUAGUCAAGUCGACCAGCUUAUCCAAUGUGGACAUGGAAAUGUUAAAAGCCAUUGAGUGUCCUGUUUGUUUUGAGUAUAUGGUGCCACCUAUUUUCCAAUGUGAAAUAGGUCAUAGUAUUUGUGGAAAAUGUAAGGGAUUAGUAAGUCAAUGUCCAACAUGCAGAAGACCAUUUGGGGAUGCUCAAAAUUUUGCAGUAGAAAACUUAACGUCUUACAUCAAGUAUCCUUGUAAAAAUUUAGAGAAAGGCUGUGAGUUUGUAUCAAAUGCUAAAACUAUAAAACAACAUGAAAGUUCAUGCCAAUUUGGUGCAUUUAAAUGUCCUACUUUUGAUUAUACUUCCUGUUCAUGGAGUGGUUUACGUCAACAUAUUUGGGAACAUUGUAAACAGAAACAUAAAGAUAAUUUGAUAGAAUGCUAUUCAGUGAGUUUACCGUUUGACCCAAGUGAAGAAAAUGAAGAUGAAGAUUGUUUCAUAAUCAAUUAUAUGAGGAAUGUUUUUGUUCUACAUUGGAAAUAUUUGGAUAAAGUUUUUUAUUGGUCAGUUCAACUAGUUGGACCUUAUGAAGAAAGCAAAAACUACUACUUUGAUCUUGAUAUAAUCGACAGAAGUGGAAGAAAUCUGAGAAUUUUUAUGAGGGGAUCUUGUGAAGCUUUUAGUGGAAAGUGUUCAGCUUUUGAAGACAAUAAGUCAUUUCUAUUUUUAACACUAGAUCAAGUAAAACCAUUGAUUAAUGAUGUAUUUGCAUUUAAGCCAUCAGUUUCGAGAUAUCCAUCAAAUGCUGAUUGAUGUGAUGACAGUUAGGAAUUAUUUUUUAUAUAAGAAAAUUUGCUUUGAAUAACCUGAUCAGUUGGUUUUGUUCGUUACUUAUGAAUACAUGUGAAGAAAAGUUAUUCUGUUACAAUUUUGCUGAAUAAAAAAAUAUUCUUGUUU